AUGGAUAUUAGAAGUAAUUCUAAUAGUGAUGGAACUGAGAAUCCUACCCCUAAUUCCAACAAUCCUACUCCCAAUUCCAACAGUCCCGCCCCUGCUAGGCAUAAUGACUCCACAUCUGGAACCCUAUCAGUUCAUGAAAAAAAAAAAGAUCUUGCAUGGGCACAUGUUGCUUUAAGAAAAGAGGGCAACAAAAAUGUGCAUACAUGUCUUUAUUGUGCAUUGAGCUAUAAAGGAGGUGGAAUAAAUAGAUUAAAGCAUCAUCUUGCUGGUGUAAGUGGAAAUGUAGUUUCCUGCAGUAAAGUUCCUUUUGAUGUUUGUCAUCAGAUGCAAGAAUCAUUAAAAAGUGGGAAAAAGAGAAAGCUUGUUGAUGUACAAGCAGACAUGGAGGAACAUAUGUCUAAUGUUAAUGCACCCAAUGCACUUGCUCCAUCUAAGUCAAUCCCUGAGAGUAGUGCUAGUAAAAAGAAACCUCCUACUAUGCUAGUUGAAAAUUAUUUUGCCCCUAGGAUAACUCUAGGUUCCCAACCAAGCAUUAAGAGUGCGUUUGCAACUAAAGAAGCACAACACAGUGCAAAAAUGGCCAUUCUUAAAUGGGCUAUCAUCAAUUGCAUUCCAUUUAAUGUAUUAGAUUGCCCAUUCUUUCAAAAAACUAUGGAUGCUAUUGCUUUAAUUGGGCCCGGGUUUAAGGGUCCUACUGCUUAUGAAUUUAGAGUUAACUUAUUGAAUGAUUGGAAAAAAGAAUAUCAGCUACUUAUUGAGAGUCAUCGAUCUAAAUGGAAAACUUAUGGAUGUACACUCAUGGCUGAUGGUUGGACAGAUGUGAGGCAACGAACUUUGAUAAAUUUUCUUGUAUAUUCUACACAUGGCAUAGUAUUUGUGAAAUCUGUUGAUGCUUCUAAUUUAGUGAAAGAUGCCAAGACUUUAUUUUCAUUGUUUUCCGAAGUGAUUGAGUGGGUUAGUCCUAAAAAUAUUGUGCAUGUGGUGACUGAUAAUGCUACUAAUUAUGUAGCAUGUGGCAAGUUGAUUAAAGAGAAAUAUAAAGUAUUUAUUGGUCACCUUGUGCUGCUCAUUGCUUGA